UAAUCUAUCAACAUUGAUCAUUAUGUCGGCAAAUUGCGAACCUUCCACAUGGAUGUUCCUAUAAAGUAUAAAAGAAGGGUUUGAAUGACACAUUGUACAAUAAUUUAUCUAUCUUAAUCGAAUUAUUUGCGUGGCUUGAUGUGCGUACCUGGAUAUAUUAUUAUGACCGUAAAAAGAGACAAAAAGUCACAAUGCGUUCAGGAAAAUGUUUAAUGAACGCAUAUAAUCGUGUUUUGUAACAUAUUUUAUUUACAUUUGAUGUUAAAAAUGGAAAAGUACUGUAUUAAAUCGCAAGACGAUAAUUUAUUUUGAAAAACAACUAAUCCUAAAGAAACAAAAGCAAAGCUUUUUCUCAAGCAUUUUUAUUCUUUGUUGUCUUCAAAUUAUAUAAUAAUUAAUAGGAGACACAAUUCGACUGACGCAUAAAAAAUGGGAUUCUUGAGAUUAAAAUUAUAGCUUUAAAAAGAGUUACUACGUUUAAAAACAAUACACACAGAAUAUGUAGUGGUACUAUUAUACAGUUAAGUAUUCAUUUUAUAAAAAUGAAGGUAAUCAUUAAAAGUUAGUAUCACAUUUAUAUCUGAAAUAGUAUUAUCUUCUUUUAUAUAAAAACAAGAGAAUAUAGAGCUCUAGUUUUCUGUUAAAUGCAAUUGUAGGCCAAGCAAAAUUAAGAUCUUGUUUCUAUCCUGUUUUAUAGAGAAUUUUUUUUGUGUCUUAUCAUUUACCAUAGCGACGUUGAUUAAUGUCCUUUAAUCUAACGAAUUUCACUGAAUUAACAAUGGUAAAACGUCGCACUUAAUGAUUGGUAGCAAAUUAUAUAAGCGUAAACUUAUUAUUAUUAAUUUUAUAGAAAUUUGUAGCAUUUUCGAAUUCUAACCGAAAUUCGUAAGUUAGACAAAUUGUUUUUUCACACAGUGAUUUGACCGGGAAAUCUUUCAGUGGAAAGAAAUUUGAUUUCGUACGCUUCGUAAUCAUAUUUUGGAAUAUUUGUAAUUGUUGCGCGUAUCAACAGUUUUCUAUCCCUCUUCCGAUCUUUUUCUUUUCAUUUCCACACAGUUCUUCCUUCUUCGUUUUUUUUUCUUUCUUUCUUAUCUUUACCGCACUCUAAAGUAUUAAAUCUUCGACGAAGUAAUGACUAAUUCGAUCGAAAUGUGUAUCUUUUUAACUUCAUAUGCGGUACACAGAACAAAAUAUUACAAACAUAAACUAUGUUUCGACCAGAAGAAUUCGAACAUAUGAUUUACUAAUUGUUAUUUACGUCAUGCGUUUAUAGUUGUACACGAAUUAAUAGCAUCGACAGAGUACAAGUUAUUUCUGAUGAACGAUGAACGACGGGGAUUUGAGGGAAUGUGAAUGGAGUGGGGGCGGCAGUGGAAGAAGUAAAAUAGGGAGAAAGUGGAAAGAAUUUUUGCGAACGCAUAAGUAUGAUAUCGAGGUGCUUCAACGCUAGUUGCAUAGCAGCGUUGUAACAUGUUGUUACACAAUAAUAGAGUAAUAUGCGUCAGACAUCUCGUUAGAUUUAUUUCUUACUCCGUCAAUAGUGAUAGUCUUUCAAUUCACGUAGAUACAUACAUGCAUUCAUACAAUACAUAAAUCAUAUAUGUAUAUAUAUGAUUAGUAGAUAUAACUAAAUAUCGUAUACACUAGUGUACGAUUUCGAAGGAAGUAAAUUAAUCAAGAUUACUACAUUAUAGCUUCGAAUACAACUUAUCGCGCAAAUGUACUAAAAGUGCGUAUUGAUGAAGAUUCAAAGGGAAUAAACUAACUAAACUAUAAGAUUUACGAAUGUAUAAAGAAAAUAUUUACAUAUAGAUUAAUUACAUGAUAUCGUCGAACAAUAUGUAUCAGUAAAUAAGGAAUGGCGAGAUAUGUAUAAUCCAGAUUUGAAAACAGAAAAACGAAUACAAGAAUAAUGUAAUAACGGUGAAUAACAUGGAUUUUUGAAAAGUCAUUUUUAUAUACAUUGCACGACUUGCAGAUAGAAAUAAUGUAUCGAAAGUAAUGGGAAGGAAUCAAUCAUCGAGUACCUUGUUGUACUAUUGUUCUUCCUGAUACCUUUUAUGUAUCAAUACAAAUAAACAGAUGUAAUUAUUCUACGAAACUAUUGUACUUGUCUGAAUAGUUAAGUUUCUUGAAUAGAUUUGUAUCAACCAAUAAAAUUAUCAAUACUGUAAAAUCACAAUUAAGUUAAACGCGCCGGUCGAUAUUGACAUUUACAGUUAAACGAAUUAAAGAGUAUAUUUGUUUAUGGAAUCCAGUGUGUGAUCGAUGUAUCAACGCCGAGUCAGCUGCAUCGCGUUACAUCACUGGUGUAUAUCUAUAGUGUAAUAUGUACUGAAAAAAAUGGUAAUGCGUAUGCGCGUGACAAUUCGGUCAAGGGUAUCUUAGAGGUAAAUAUCCUAACGUACGAGAUUUAUAUAAUGAGCUUUCAUGAGAUUACUAUGGGUUAGCAAGAAAAAUUGAUAAAUUCUUUUACAAUAGUUUUUGUAAAAUAGAGAUCAUUUCGUAAAUGCGUUUACAGAUCAGAGUAAGAAUUUUUGAUUGGGUUUGAUAUUAAAGUCUAUGAAAUUUUCGCAUGAAAUCAGUCGAUAAUAGUCAAUACAGAGAGCAGUAAAAAAAACAAUCGCAGCAUCUUUCAGUAAUCCUUGCAUCGGUUGUAUGAAAUAACAAAACAAUAAGACGAUGCACUUUCUCCGCGAAAAGUGUUAAUUAAGUGCAACAAUAUCGACUGAUUACAUGGGAAAAAAAAGCGGUAUCUACCUAUUCAGAGCAUGACAGAACGAAUGAUGAGCAGAAUGUACGAAUGCUAAAAUAAAAGAAGAAAAGAAACAGUAAGAGGAAAGGAAAAAGGAAAUGAUAAGCGGUAUAUACAUACAUAGAAGAGGCGUAUAGAACCACGGCGAGUGCAACGUGACCGAUGGACCACGUGAUCGAGUUGGCCAAUUGCAAGGUACGCGGGGACGCUGUCACGUUGCAUUCGGCGUGGCUCCGCGUCCCCUUGCUCUUACAGCAUAUCUCUCCUUCUCUAUGUCUACUGGACAAGUUGUACGUUGUACGUUGGCAUAUGCGAGCAACUGUUUCUUGUGCGCGUUUCGCAUCCAUGUUCGUUCGUUCGUUCGUUGCAAAUUACUUUUACGUCCGUUCUCCCGGAAAGCUGGAAAAAUUCCAUUAUCCGAAACAAGUAUCGAAUUUCACCGGUCGCAACGAUCGCCGCCGAUCUUGCCAAUGAGUUACUAUUAUCUUUGCAUGAUCAUUCAAUCAUCUAAACGCGUGGAAUAUUAAACCGAAUGUGUAUGCUGUUUUUUCUAGUUCUGAUAAGUUUGUCCAGUGCGUCGUUUAACUAACGUUCAGCAAUAUCGCGAAUUCGGAUACAUUAAAAUGUCCGCGCAUCCACACGAUCUAGAUCAAGUUGAAGACCUAUCGUUGAAGAUGUGUGCUGUGACAAUUUGCACGUUAAACGAAGGAUGCCGGUAAUCAAUCGAUCACCGAAAUCAAUUUCGAGGAGAAUAGACAGUGGCUGCGAAAGAGGCUAAGCUCCGUCCACGAAACUUUACGUUCCGAGAAACAGACAGUAUACCCCGAAUAUCGCCUACCGUGCUUUCUUCCUCUACCUUCUCUCCUGGGAUCGCUCUGUUUAAAGAACUUCUACAUAAUAGCUACUUCUAGCUACUACUAAAUGAUCGAACGAUGCCGAAAGACAAAUAAGAUUAAACGACGUUAGAGACGUAGCAAAAAGCGAAAGAAAGAACCAAUUGGAGAAGAUAAGGAAAAGUCAAACCUAUAGAAACCACGAAGAGAAUAGAUAGUGGCACGCGAUAUAAAUCGAUCACGUUUGAGCGGCAGGAAUUCUUCCUUUCUAUAGACAGUAGAAAAUCUCGAUCGAGAGAAUAGUAAAUCGAUCGAUCUUGCUCUCGACCUUGAUGACGUAAAAACGAGGCGGAAUCGAUUUGUCAGGAUGAUGAUACUCGAAGACUGAAGAUACUGCUCCAUCGAGGUGGUUAACUUAAAAAUUUACAAAGAAGCGCGGAUCCUUCGGAUUAUCUCUCUCGUAGGAGAGGAACGACGAAAAAAGGGAAAUAUAGAGAGGGAAAAGGAAUGAAGGGAGGGCAAGAAAAUAAAAAACAAAGUUAAAGAAUGUCGCGUCUGUGUUCGUAUGCGUAUAUGUAUGUGCGUGUGCGCGCGCCCGCAUCUGUAUGUACGCGCGAGUGUGUGUGCACUCUGUGCCUGUGAAACAGCGAGAAGAACACACAGGGGCAGAUACGAAGAGCAGAGGGAGAGCUGUUUAGUUGUUUAAAAAUGUGCUGCUUGUUUAAUAGAACACCGCUGUUAUUACCGAAAAUUUGAAAAAAUCGACAGGAGAAAAGACGAAUUUGAAGAAAAUCGACCUAGCAGGAGGAGGGAAAAUGACGGGUAGUCGUAGUAGCGAAAUAAAUCCGGAUGUGACGGUGCGUGGUGAGGGUGGAAAGCAUACGGUUCAUUGGUUUCGCAAAGGUCUCAGACUUCACGAUAAUCCUUCGCUGAGGGAAGGUCUUACCGGUGCCACUACGUUUCGUUGCGUAUUCGUUUUGGAUCCAUGGUUCGCCGGAAGUACCAACGUUGGCAUCAAUAAGUGGAGGUUUUUGCUACAGUGUUUGGAAGAUCUGGACUGCUCCUUGAGAAAAUUGAACUCCAGACUAUUCGUGAUAAGAGGUCAGCCGGCCGACGCUCUACCGAAAUUGUUCAAGGAAUGGGGUACCACGAAUUUGACCUUCGAGGAAGAUCCAGAGCCAUUCGGACGCGUCCGAGACCACAACAUCUCGGCACUUUGUAAGGAGCUUGGUAUCUCGGUGGUCCAAAAGGUCUCGCAUACUCUUUACAAGUUGGACGAGAUCAUCGAGAGGAACGGAGGCAAGCCACCGUUGACUUAUCAUCAAUUUCAAAAUGUGGUUGCCAGUAUGGAUCCUCCGGAACCAUCGGUGUCGACUGUCACUUCUGCAUGCAUAGGUUCGGCCUACACCCCUCUGAAAGAGGAUCACGAUGAUCAUUACGGUGUUCCAACGCUCGAAGAACUUGGCUUCGACACGGAGGGUCUUCUUCCGCCUGUAUGGGUUGGAGGCGAAAGCGAGGCUCUGGCACGAUUGGAGCGACAUCUAGAAAGGAAGGCCUGGGUGGCUAGUUUCGGCAGACCGAAAAUGACUCCGCAAUCAUUGUUGCCCAGUCAAACCGGUCUUUCACCUUAUUUACGAUUCGGAUGCUUGAGUACCCGGCUAUUUUAUUAUCAGCUCACUGAUCUUUAUAAGAAGAUAAAGAAGGCCGUACCACCGCUUUCGUUGCACGGGCAACUUUUAUGGCGCGAAUUUUUUUACUGCGCUGCUACCAAGAACCCAAAUUUCGAUCGGAUGCAGGGUAAUCCGAUUUGCGUGCAAAUCCCUUGGGACAAGAAUGUCGAAGCACUUGCCAAGUGGGCAAACGGCCAAACGGGAUUUCCCUGGAUCGACGCGAUCAUGACACAACUAAGAGAAGAAGGUUGGAUACAUCACUUGGCUAGACACGCGGUCGCCUGUUUCUUAACCAGAGGCGACCUUUGGAUCUCCUGGGAAGAAGGAAUGAAGGUGUUCGACGAGUUGCUGCUAGAUGCUGAUUGGUCGGUGAACGCGGGAAUGUGGAUGUGGUUGUCGUGCAGUUCCUUCUUCCAACAAUUCUUCCACUGCUAUUGCCCAGUGAGAUUCGGCAGAAAAGCUGAUCCGAAUGGCGAUUACAUUAGGCGAUACUUGCCGAUUUUGAAAAAUUUUCCUACGAGAUAUAUCCAUGAACCGUGGAACGCACCACUUAGCGUGCAACGUGCAGCCAAAUGUAUUAUUGGCAAAGACUAUUCGUUACCGAUGGUGAAUCACAGCAAGAGCUCCAGGAUCAACAUCGAGAGAAUGAAGCAAGUCUAUCAGCAAUUAAACAAAUAUCGUGGAAACGGCGCCUCCCUUAAAGGAGAAACAGUUGGUUUAUUGAAUGCACUACCACCUCCGUCGGUAAAAGAGAAGGAGGAAGAAAAGAAGAGGACGAAGCAAUCACCGCCUCCCCCGGAGAAUCAGUCCAAGAUGGAAGCUCUUGCCAAGACAACGCAACAUCAGCAACAGCACCAUCAACAUCAAUAACGACGACUACACUGACGUCAUCGAAGCAAUUAGGCGAUAAUCCGAAGAAACGAAAUUUCGAUUAUUUCCUAUUUCUACUUAAUUCGCACUUAUUUAUUUGCCGUCAUUACGUCGAUGAUGGAAUCAUCUUAAUUGUAAUUCAUCGUAACGCGUAUAAUCGUUAAUAGUUUGAAAAAGUUAUUUGCAGCGAAAGCAAAGCCAUCCAUCGUAUCUGUUCAAAUGAUCGUUUGUAUUUAGAAGUAUGUUUCGUAACAAGAAAUGUAAAACUUGAACGUUAUGGCAGAAAAAUGACGAUGGGACGAAUUUUAUAAUUCCAAUCGUUGUACAUAAUACAUCCAUUAUACGUCGUAAAUAAAAAUUUUUCAUGCAAA